CAUGAAGACGAACCUCAGUUCUGUUGGGGUCCGCGCAAAACAGAACGAAUAAUCCUUUUAUAGAAGCAGGGAACAAAAUGUUGAAGCCUUCGACAGUGAAUCAAGCAAAAACUGUUUCUCAUAAAAGAAACGGUUCCUCGAAAAAGCCAUCGAGAGGGAACAGCUUUGCAAAGGAUGAGGACAUGGAAAAGAUUUUGAAGGAGGUUGAGAGUGGUAGUUUGUACAGCCCCUCGUCUAAAAAUGCCAAGAAACGUCAGUGUGUUGUAGACGAGAAUUCGCAGCGUCCAGACGAAGAACUCGAACAAUUUUUUGUGGACGUAGAGAAGAGAAAUGCAGAGCUACAAGAAUUGCUUCAAAUUGUUGAAACCACAAGACAAGAAAACGAAGCCGGGCAGAUUUCAAGAGAAGCUUCCGCCGGCGUGAGGGGAAGUACAGACUCCUUGGUGGAAAAACUCAUGCGUGAGUUAGACAAUGUGGGCUGGGAGAAAAACAAUGUUAACAGACCCGCACAAAGACCGAAAAGCUCCAGCCAAGCUCGUGAUGGAACAAAUUGCGCAAAACUUCAAGCCAGCACAUCGGAAGAAGAGCUCGAUGAGAUGCUAGCAGAGCUCUUAGAAUUUUGACCAGGGAACAAAACCACAAAAAGGAUUACUGAUUACAGUUUGCGAAUUUAAUUUGGUCAAUAAGAAGUUUCAAUUAUCAAGUUUGAGUGUUUAGAAAGAACGUGAACCAGUCUCUAUUGUAGGGCUGCAUGACAUGUAAAAAAAGGGAGAUUGUUGGAGGUUUUUCUCUGUUUUUUUAGAUAAUAAUGUUUCAAUUGUGUCUUUAUAAAGUUACUGUGGCUACCUACUGCAGUGUCUAACUGCUAAAAUUAGGCUUAUAAGCGGUUCCACAUUUACUAUCUUGACUGCCUGUGUCUUUGAUUUAAAUGAUUUAAAACAAUUCAAAUCUUACCCUCCAAUAUUACAAGUCGAGGUUAUUGCCUGUCAAGUUUUAUUUUAAAACAAAGAAAUAUUUGAUCCUGUUCCUGAGCUGUAGGACUUGAAAAAGCUUGAAAGUUAAUGAAAAACUGACUUGCAGUGUAUUCAAAGCUUUGUAUCGAGGACUGUUCAUAUUGAAGAUGAAUACUUCGUUCUAAGACUCAUUUUUUAUACAAAAAAUUUGUAUAAUGAAGCCCCCAUUGGUUUAAAAGUGCCUUAAAAUUUUUUUACUCCAAUUUACACACUUAAAUUCAAUGUGGCUGUGGUAAUCAUCCUGUUUGUCAAAAAUUUUCCUCCAUUGACAAAACAUUAGCCCUUGACCAAACUUCAUGUAGAGUAAAUUCUUUGCAAACCCAUAAGUAUUCCAACUAACUUGAAGGCCAAUCUAAUAACACUUCAAUAAAAAAAAAUUUAAUUACCGGUAAUCACACAGUAGGUAUAGUUUAUUGAACUUCUAUGUAAGGUGCGGAAAUGCACUGAUUAAUAUUAAUUAUCAAUCAGUUUUACACGGUGAUUAUAUUUUACAGUAAUUAUAUGUUUACCUACUUAAAACAAAGUAAACAUCUGCCUUUCGUGUCCAUCUCCUACUUUGCGGCCGGAUAAAUAAUUACUGAUCUAAGCUACCCUGGACCUGUGCAUUGGUAAGAGGGCCUCAGUAUACAUUAUCAU